AUGUCUGCAACAUUUCGCGGGAGGAAGCACUACACCGGCCAAAACAUGCUAGCAACUGUGAAUUUUGAUAUGAGGUUCACAUACGUGCUUGCAGGCUGGGAGGGUUCAGCUCAUGAUGCAAGCAUCCUGUCCGGUAGCUUGUUAAGGCCCGAUGGGUUGCAAAUCCCUGAGAGUAAGUUCUUUCUUGGAGAUGUUGGAUAUGCAUGCCGACCUGGUAUUCUACCUCCCUUCAGGAAAACAAGGUACCACCUCAACGAGUUUACUGCAAGGAACCGACAUCAGAAUGAGAAAGAGUUGUUCAAUCUGAGACACUCAAUCCUUAGAGUCACCAUUGAGAGAGCCUUUGCUACAUUGAAGAACAGGUUCAAGGUCCUUGACCAGAAACUGUUCCGCACUUUUGAUUCUCAAGUGAAGCUGGUCCAUACUUGCCGCAUUCUUCACAAUUAG